AGAGUCCAACACCAAAAUCUUAACACGAUUUCAGAAACGUAGCUGUUUUCUGUUCAACAAAAACUCUUUCCUUACAAAUAACGUUUCCAGCUUCCAACCGCCCAUUAACCCAAAAAGGAAACACAUAAUUUCCAAGCAAUUUCGCGAUUCUCUUGAGAACAAAAAGAAAACUUCCCUUAAAAACUCGUUAAUUCUCCGGCAACAGGCCAGUGAUUGAUCGUGCUCUCUUAUGAGGGCACGAUCUAUAGCGUAAAAUCAAAUGCCGGAAAGCGAACACGCGGCGGAGAGCACCGCCCUGUUCGGGAAAUACGAGGUCGGAAGACUCCUGGGAUGCGGCGCCUUCGCGAAGGUGUACCACGCGCGGAACAUCGAAACAGGACAGAGCGUGGCGGUGAAGGUGAUUAGCAAGAAGAAGAUAGCCGCAUCGGGGUUAGUGUCCAACGUGAAGCGCGAGAUCUCUAUCAUGAGCCGUCUCCACCACCCAAACAUCGUGAGACUCUACGAAGUGUUAGCCACAAAAACCAAAAUCUACUUCGUAUUGGAAUUCGUCAAGGGCGGUGAACUCUUCGGGAAAAUCGCUAAGGGCCGAUUCAGCGAAGACCUCGCUCGCCGUUACUUUCAUCAGCUUAUCUCCGCCGUCGCGUACUGCCAUGCGCGCGGCGUUUUCCACCGCGACUUGAAACCGGAGAAUCUCCUCCUCGACGAGCACGGGAAUCUCAAGGUGUCGGAUUUUGGACUGAGCGCAGUGAAGGAGCAGAUCCACGUGGAUGGGUUGCUUCACACGCUUUGUGGAACCCCUGCUUACGUGGCCCCGGAGAUUUUAGCGAAGAAGGGUUACGACGGGGCUAAGGUUGAUGUUUGGUCGUGUGGGGUUAUUCUGUUUGUUCUUGUUGCUGGGUAUCUUCCUUUUAACGAUCCUAAUUUGAUGGUCAUGUAUAGGAAGAUUUACAAAGGUGAAUUUCGGUGUCCGAGGUGGUUUUCGAUUGAGUUGCGAAGGUUUUUGGCGAGAUUGUUGGAUACGAAUCCCGAUAAGAGGAUAACCGUUGAUGAGAUUCUUAAGGAUAUUUGGUUUAAGAAGGGGUAUAAGGAGGUGAGGGUUCACGAAGAGGUGAAGAAUGUGGAUAGUGGUGGGAGUGGGGGUGAUAAGGUGAAGGAGUUGAAUGCUUUUGAUAUUAUUUCGUUUUCUUCGGGGUUGAACCUUUCGGGGCUGUUUGAUUCCUCGUGUGGUGGGGAGGGGGAGAGGAUUUUGCUGAGGGAGUCGCCGGAGGAGGUGGUGGAGAAGGUGGUGACGGCAGCGAAGGCGGAGGGGCUCGCCGUGAGGACGAGGAAGGAGUGUGGGGUGGAGUUGGAGGGGUGUAAUGGUAAUUUGGGGGUUUUGGUGGAGGUUUACAGGUUACCGGGAGAGAUGGUUGUGGUUGAGGUUAGAAGGAGGGAUGGGGAUGUUGGGGUAUUUAGAGAUGUGUGGAGGAAUAAGCUGAGGCCUCACCUCUGUGCUGCCAGCAGUAGUACGACGUCGGAUCGGGAUGACGACGACAAGUCUUAGCCGGUUGCCGGUGACUGAUGUGUCGGCCCGUUUCUUUUUUUUUGUUAUUAAACAAUUUUAAAUAAAACUGAAAAGAACAUAGGCGGCGAAAAUGUGAUUUUGGUGGGGCAUUUGUGAUGAGGAUGGUCAAAUUUUAUUAUGUAUAUUUAUUCUGCUUUUAUGUAAAAUAUUUACCGUUCAAAAUGAAAUUGUAAAGUGUUUUGUUUACACUUAUUUUUCCUUUAUCUUGAAAUCUAGUUCCCUCUAACUGCA